GCCGCUCUCCCCUUUGCGCUCUUUCCCUUCCGUUGCUUUUUCGCUGCCUCCUUCCUCGUCUUUCUCCGGCUGGCUUUGGGGGAAAGAGAUGAUGUGAGGUUCCCGUCACUCGCGCCCGGCUGGCUGGAUAGGUAGAUGCUGGAGCAGGCAGGGCCCCGUCUUUAUUACGGCUGCCGCCGGGCUGCAGCGAGUGAGGGGAGGGUUCCAAGCGCUGGCCUCUCGGUGGGUUUCGCGGAUGCUCGUGACGGGUUGAAAUUUUGAGGGGAUUUUGUUUCUGGUUUUGGACUCUGGAGAGAAGGAGAGAGGAGGAUCGUUUUGGUGAGGUUUAUGAAGAACUGAUACUUGUGUACUUGGUAUCAUAACUGAUAUUAAGCUUCUGAAGGCAACAUGGCGGAAUUGAAGCCUGCAACAGCAAGUCUCGAUGCCCGAACAACAAAGAUCAGAAAUGUUCCCAUUGCUGUAACUCCAGAAGGAUUCUGGUGCUGCCCAUCCCAGGCUGUGCUCCAGAAGACGGCGAAGAACCAAAACCAGCAGGCAAAAACCAAAGGCGGUGCCUCCCCUCCUGCAUCAAAGGCCUCAUCGAUUCAAAGGGCACCAACAAUCUCAUCAGAGAGACGAACUCAUUCGACUCCUACAAGGUCUAAAAUCAAUUCAGAGGAGCAGAGAUGCUUGUCUGGGGAGAAUGCCGCAGCUAAUCCACCAAAGGCAGUGAAUGAAAGGCCACAGAAGCAGCACAAGGUAUCUGUUGGAUUUGGCCAGCUUGAGAUGAGUGACUUGAAGGUUGUGCUGUAUGGUAAGGAUGGAGUUGCAGUUAAGAUGAGUGUCCACAAGAACAUCCUAGCUGAAAACAGCACCUUCUUUGCUGAUAAGCUCUCAAGGCAAUCUCCAGUGUCGAGUGUAGAGGUGACUGAUUGUGACGAUGUAGAGAUUUAUGUUGAGACUGUUGGGUUGAUGUACUGCAGCGAUGUCAAGCAGAGGCUGAUCAAGCAAACUGUUCCGCGCGUCCUACGAAUCUUGAAGGUUGCGGAGUUGUUAGGUUUCCGAGCGUGCGUUAUUUCAUGCUUAUAUUACUUGGAAGCUGUCCCUUGGGUCGGUGAAGAAGAAGAGAAUGUGGUCUCGUCUAUUAGGAAUCUGCAGAGUGAGAACUAUGGUGUUAGUCCUGUACUGAAGAGGGUAGCAUCUGAUCUAACAACCCCACCAAAUGACACAUUUUCACAUAUCAUUGAAUUAGUUUUGAGAAGCAAUGAGGAUAGGGGGCGGCGUGAGAUGAAGUCCUUGGUACAGAAGCUUCUGAAAGAGAAUAGCACUACGUGUACUGGUGAAUCUUCUGACUUAUGUGCUGAGACUCUCUACAGAUCAUGUCAGAACUGCCUGGAGUCCUUGUUGACCUUGUUUCAGCAAGCAACUGACAGCGAUUUUGCCGAGCAAUCUCUGAAUAUUAAAGAACCAGUUUUCCGACAAAUUGCGCUGGAAGCAGAUAAUCUCCUAUGGUUAGCUGAGAUUUUAGCUGACAGGAAUGCUGCUGAUGACUUCGCGGUCAUGUGGGCUAGCCAACGUGACUUGGCGGGGCUCCACUCCAAGUUACCAGUCAAGUCACGCCACCUUGUCAGCUGUGUGACGGCGAGGCUUUUUGUGGCAAUUGGGAAAGGAGAGAUGCUUCCUUCAAAGGACACACGACGGCUUCUCUUGGACAUCUGGUUGCAGCCUCUCAUGGAUGACUAUAACUGGUUGCAGCACGGAUGCAGGUCAUUCGAUCGGAAAGUGGUGGAGGAAGGGAUCGGGCGGACCAUCUUGACGCUCCCGCUGGAGGAUCAGCAGACAAUCCUGCUCUCAUGGCUUGGGAAGUUCUUGAAGGUUGGGGAUAGCUGCCCAAAUCUCCAGAAGGCCUUUGAGGUUUGGUGGAGGAGGACUUUUAUAAGGCCUUAUGCUGAUCAACAAGGUAAUCGACCGCAAUCGGGUCGGAGUUGAGAUAUCAAUUGGUUGCAAAAGAAAUAGCCUUGUUUCCUAAUGUAGCAUAUUGAUCAGAAAUUAGAGUGCUAAUUUCUUACAAGGCAGGCUGUUUGGGAGAUCCCCAGUAUGUGGAAGAAAAUGGGGGUGUAGGGUAGGAUUAGUACUCUUGACUCGUGGGGCUUGAGAAAAGGCAAUGUGUGCAUUGUGCUUGGGAUGCUUCAUAUGCAUGUGAAGCUCUCUGAAUUCUGGGUACAGAAUUUGUUCUCUGAUCUGUAUAUCACCAGGCAUCCGUUUGUUGCUUCUUACAACGUUGUGCGAUAUUAAUGCUACUGCAUUAAGGUCUUAAGGAUCUUAUGUACAAACUCAAUGCCUUUGAUGCAGUCAUGCAACUGUAAAGAUUUUU